UCUGCAACUCUCAUCCAUCCUACCAAAACAACAAAAACAUCCAAAAGAAACAAUGGGGAAGAGCACGGUUCUCGUUGUUGGGGGCACUGGUUAUAUCGGGAAGAGAAUUGUGAAGGCAAGUUUAGCGCAGGGACAUACAACUUACGUUCUUCAGAGGCCGGAGAUCGGCCUCGAUAUCGACAAGUUUCAAAUGCUUUUGUCGUUCAAGAAGCAAGGGGCUCGCCUGAUCGAGGGCUCGUUUUCGGAUCUUGGCAGCCUCGUUGAAGCUGUUAAACAGGUUGACGUAGUGAUUUGCACCAUGUCUGGUGUUCAUUUUAGGAGCCACAACAUUCUGCUGCAGCUGAAACUUGUCGAGGCUAUCAAAGAAGCAGGAAACGUUAAGCGUUUCUUGCCAUCAGAAUUUGGAAUGGAUCCAGCACGGAUGGUAAAUGCAAUGGAACCGGGAAGAGUGACAUUUGAUGAGAAAAUGGUAGUGAGAAAGGCCAUAGAAGAAGCUAAAAUCCCCUUCACUUAUGUUUCUGCAAAUUGUUUUGCUGGUUACUUCGCCGGAAACCUUUCUCAACUUGGCACAGUCGUCCCCCCAAAGGGAAAGGUCUUCAUAUAUGGGGAUGGCAAUAGCAAAGUCGUAUUCAUGGACGAAGAUGAUAUAGCAACAUAUACGAUCAAGACAAUAGAUGAUCCUUGUACACUAAAUAAAACAGUGUACCUGAGGCCAGCAGAGAACAUUCUUUCCCAGAGACAAUUAGUUGAGAUGUGGGAAAAGCUGAGCAGGAAGAAACUAGAGAAAGUCCAUAUUUCCGAAGAAGACUUCCUGGCCUCCAUGAAAGAUAUGGACUACGCAGGCCAAGUUGGAGUAGGGCAUUUCUACCAUAUUUUCUAUGAAGGUUGUUUAACAAACUUUGAAAUUGGUGAAGGCCAGGAAGAAGCUUCAAAGCUUUAUCCUGAGGUGAAAUAUACCAGGAUGGAUGACUACUUGAAGCAAUAUAUGUGAAGAUUUCUUUCAUAUCUAAAGCCAGCAGUUCAUAAAGUGAGCAAAUUAUAAGUAAUAAAUUGGUUCCUCAGUAUUAAUUUUUUUCAGACUACGAUACAAAUACUGUAUACUGGGAAUGCCACAAUGUAUUGCUGUAUAAAUUAUCAAAUACAUGCAGGUGAUUGGUGAAUCGAUUAAAUAUACUAAAUAAAUAUUCGAUUAGUACGGGUUUCAACAA